UAAGUGGAUUCUUGUCUGUUUUGUUCUAUCUCAGCACUAAAGAAGCUUAAAGCCACAAACUCUUUUUCGCUUUUGUUGUCAACCUCUGUUUCACACAGCUGAUGUACCUCAAAAUUUUGUGGAUUUAUUUUUCUUGCUUUUUUAUUGGGAAAACUAGCCAUCAUUUAUAGAAGAAAGAAAGGGAGUAAAUAACACAUUUUGCUCACCAAUUAAAAGAAUAACACUGUAGUAAAUGGAGCUUGAGUUUUCAGUUUCUUUUUGUGCAGUUAGUUAGACCCAACCAUGGCUUCAAUUGUGCAGAGUUUGUGGGCUUCCCCUUGUUUGGCUUGGAAUUCAGAUUAUAAGACUAAGUCAUCUCGAGCUUACACGAGGUGUUUAGCCAGCAGCAGCAGGGACUCCACAUUACAGUCUUCUGAUUCUGUUAGAGUUAACGGUGUGUCCUUUGUUGAAAAUAGACCUUUGAUUGAUGUGGGAGAUGGUCAUUUGAGGAAGGAAAUUGUUCAAGAAAAGUUGGAACCACUUUGGGAUGAUGGAUAUGGAACACAAACUGUGAGGGAUUACCUUGAGUUAGCGGAAGAGAUUAUUAAGCCUGAUGGAGGUCCGCCGCGGUGGUUUACACCCAUUUCAGCUGGCCCUCCUCUCAGAAACUCACCUCUUCUUCUUUUCUUGCCUGGAAUGGAUGGUACUGGAUUGGGUCUUGUUUUGCAUGAAAAGGCACUUGGAAAAGUCUUUCAAGUUUGGUGCUUGCAUAUUCCUGUAUAUGAUCGAACACCAUUUGAAGAGCUGGUGAAAUUUGUUGAGACAACUGUAAGGAUGUUGCAUGCCUCAUCUCCAAACAAGCCAAUUUAUAUAGUUGGAGAUUCAUUCGGAGGAUGUUUGGCUAUUGCUGUUGCUGCUCGAAACUGUAAUAUUGAUCUUGUUCUGAUAUUAGCUAAUCCAGCAACUUCAUUUGGCAGGUCACAACUUCAACCUUUGCUCUCUCCGCUGGAGUCUUUGCCUGACGAACUUCAUGUUACAGUCCCAUAUCUUCUGAGCUUUAUUAUGGGUGAUCCAAUGAAGAUGGCUAUGGUUAACAUUGAUUCCCUGCUACCUCCUAAACAAGUUGUUGAACAACUCUCUGACAACCUCACUGCUUUGCUUCCCUGCCUUUCUGGUUUGGCUGAUAUCAUACCAAAGGAGACUCUUCUCUGGAAACUGAAGCUUCUUAGAUCUGCUUCAGCUUAUGCAAAUUCCCGUCUCCAUGCUAUUACUGCUGAAGUACUUGUGCUCUCAAGUGGCAAAGACAACAUGCUUCCAAGUGGAAAUGAAGCUCAGAGGCUUGCAAAAUCAUUAAGAAACUGCCAAAUACGACACUUCAAGGACAAUGGGCAUACUAUUUUACUGGAAGAUGGUAUUAAUCUACUAUCCAUCAUCAAAGGUACUGGCAAAUAUCGUCAUUCAAGGAGGCAUGAUUAUGUCAUGGAUUUUCUUCCUCCAAGUAUGUCAGAGUUCAAGAAGGCAAUCGACAACAAUAGAUGGUAUCUCAACUUUACUAGUCCAGUUAUGUUGUCCACAAUGGAAGAUGGGAAAAUAGUGAGAGGGCUAGCAGGGAUCCCAGAUGAAGGUCCUACAUUAUUGGUGGGUUAUCACAUGCUUAUGGGUGUAGAACUUGUCCCUCUUGUGGAAGAAUUUUUGAGGGAGAGAAAAAUUUUAGUUCGUGGUAUAGCACAUCCAACAUUAUUUUCGCAGCUGACUGAGAAUCAGACAAAUGAAGUCUCGUUCUUAGAUUUGCUGAGACUAUACGGGGCAUCGCCUGUCACAGCUAGCAACUUCUUUAAGUUGCUUUCAACAAAAUCGCAUGUGCUGUUGUAUCCUGGUGGUGCCCGUGAAGCCUUACAUCGUAAGGGAGAAGAGUAUAAGGUGAUUUGGCCUGAUCAACCAGAAUUCGUCAGAAUGGCUGCACGGUUUGGUGCUACAAUCGUGCCAUUUGGAGUUGUAGGAGAAGAUGACAUAGCACAAUUGGUCCUCGACUAUGAUGACCUGUCAAAAGUUCCCAUACUGAGUGAUCGCAUAAGAAAUAACAAUGAACGGGCAGCCAGGAUGGGCGUAAGAUUAAGGGCUGACAUGACAGGGGAGGUCGCCAACCAAACAUUAUAUGUUCCAGGCCUUUUACCAAAGGUUCCCGGGCGUUUUUACUACUUGUUUGGAAAACCUGUUCAUACAAAGGGAAGGCAGGAGAUGUUGAAAGACAGAGAAAAGGCAAGAGAAUUGUAUUUGCAGAUAAAAGCUGAAGUUCAAAAUAGUAUGAACUACUUGCUUAAAAAGAGAGAGGAGGAUCCCUAUAGAAACAUCAUCGAUAGGACCGUAUAUAAGGCAUUUUCUUCUACUUUUGAUGAAGUCCCAACAUUUGAAUAUUAGCAGUAGAUUUUAUUGGUUCUUUUGUUUCUUUUUAAUAAAUAUUAGCAUAUAGGAAUUCAUUCAUCAGUGUAAUGUACCAAGGUGAUGGUGGAAUUUCUCUUGUAAUUGCAAAAAAAUACAAGAUGUAAAUACAUAUACAUUGAGUCCAAUUAAGAAAAGUGUCAUAAGAUUCUAACAAAUCUGCUA